AUGACCUCAGCUGCUCUAUUCUCAUCGUCGUCCCCAAAAAAAUCCUCAUCCCUGCAAAAUCACUACAUACGAAAGCGAAGAAAAUGGCCGAUCAAACCAUUCGAAACGCAGCGGGACGAAGCUUUCGCUUUGCGUCUUGCCAAACUGUCCUUCAAACAAUCAAUAAGAAGAAACAAAUUCCACCUCCUUUCCGAUCUCAUCAGCUCGUUUUCUGCUUACGAGAUAAACCCUAACCCCCAAUCCUACCAUCUCCUCUUCAAAAUCUUGAUUCAAAAGCGACCCCCAAAUUGGACCGACCAGAUUUCACGAAUCCUCGACCACAUUGAGAAAGUUGAGAGCUUUGAGACGCCCGAGUCGAUUUUCACCGAUUUGAUCAAAUUCUAUGGCGAUGUACGUAGGUUCGAUGAUGCCGUUGAGCUCUUUUCGAGGAUUCCCAGGUUAAGAUGUAAUCCGUCGGUUGAACUUUUGAAUGCUUUGCUUACAGUCCUUUGCAGGGAUGAAAAGGGCCUUGAAGUGGUUCCACAGGUUUUAGUUACAAGUUCAGAAGUAAUGAAAAUUAGGAUUGAAGAGUCGACCUUUGGGGUUUUAAUCAAAGCCCUCUGCAAAAUUGGGAAUUCGAAUAAUGCUUACGAUUUGCUAAAUCAUAUGGUGGCCGAAGGUUUUGGCGUGGAUCGAAAAAUCUAUUCUUUGAUGCUUGCCACAAUGUGCAGGCAGAUAAACUGCAAUGGCAAUGGCAAUGGCAAUGAUAUUAUGCGAUUUGUGGAUGAUCUGAAGAAAUUAGGGUUUGAACCGAAAAGGGAUGAUUUUCGCAAUGUGAUUAGUUUCUUGGUGAGGAAGGGGAAAUGUAAGGAUGCUUUGGGCUUGUUCAAACAAAUGAAAUCGAAUGGGAUCAGGCCUGAUAUCCGGUGUUACAAUUUGCUGCUUGACGGGUUGAUUCUUGAUCGUGAUUUUUCGCGAGCAGAUAAACUGUUUGAUGAAUUGCUCGUGUUUGGCUUGAAUCCAGAUUUCCACACUUACAAUGUCUACAUUAGUGGUCUGAUAGUGCAAAACAAAAUUGAUGAUGGAAUUAGAAUUUUUAACUCAAUGGAGGAAUUGGGAUGUAAGCCAGCCCCGAGCACAUAUUUCUCGAUUUUAAGAGCACUGUGUGAAGUUGGGGAGAUGGGUCGAGCAAUAGGUUUCGUGAAUGAAAUGCGUGGAAAAUGCAUGCAGAUAAAUGCGGAUAUGUACGAGAUUCUGAUCGAUGGUUUUGUAAGUAAUGGCGAUGUGAAUGGAGCUUUAAGCUUUUUAAGGAAAAUGUUUCGUGAGAAAUUUUUCGUUCCUAGACGAACGGCUUUGGGUAAAAUCGUGAAUUGGUUGUGUGAGAUUGGUAUGUGUUCUAAAGCAAUGGAACUGCUUGGAGAAGAGGUUGUAAAGGGUAUAUUAGAAACAAAAACCCAUGUUUUUUAG